AUGGUGAACAAAAGACACACUGCGCAUGAGCCCCAACCUUCAACUCCUGCAUCGAAGGCCAUUGAGCCAUUGCACCCGCGAUCUCGGUGGUCGGAAUGGGCUCUCCACAACUCGGGACUGUACUAUUAUCGAGCUCGAUAUAUCUCAUUCGAGGACAUCUCAUCAAUACCGCCAACUGGGAGAAAUUCGAUUGUGCCGAAUGUUCAAGGCGGAUACAUUCAUUACCAAUCCAUGAGUGUCAACGAGGUGACCAGUCGAGGGUCCAGUCAAGCUCCGGAGCUAGCAACUUGCUCUACCGUGACAACGCCAACAGCCAGUGAUCCCCCGGUCUCUACACAAGAAGUGUAUGGCCAGCAAAAUGAUCAACUUGUCGUUUCAACAAAGACAACCAAGGAUAGCAUGCUGAUGAGUGGAGCGCUGCAACCAGAAGCAGACACUACAGAAACUGUCGUAGUGAUACCGAACUCCUAUGCACUAAAGCGGAAAUCAACGACAUCAAAGAAACAGAAGGAGAAGAAGAAGCAUGGAAAGAAGCUGGAUGUGGAUAAGAGAAAGCAAGUCAGCAAUAAGGCGAAAGUGAACAAGUGGCUAGACACUCUAUAA